ACGGUGCCACUCGAACCGGAGUCGUCUAUUCGUCUCUGCCGCCGCCGCGAACCUCCCGAGCAGAAGAGUUCUUGCUUCCGCCUCCUCCUGGAACUCCAUCCCCCCUGUCCUACUCGAAGUUGGUAUAUCUUUUCUUGUCUAUUCUUCUUCUUUUCCUAAUCGGCUCGUGUUCGAAUCCGUUUCGAGGUUGAGCCCUUUCCAUACACGCCGCGCGGCGCGACUCGCGAUCGGAGUCGUCCAAGAACUCUGCUUCCGUUGCGAAAUCGUAGGUCGGCGAUUCGGCAAGUUAUAUAUCGGGACCGAUCUCGGCGUUUCGGCUGCUUGGGAUUUCUCGGCAUCGGUGAGAGGACGAGUCCAAGAACUUGAUCCAAGAACAGAGGGGAGAGGAGAAGAGGAGGCGGCGGCCGCGGCGGCAAGGGCACGCGGCAGCGAGCAAUGAGGAUAAAGAAAGGGAGCCACGUGGAGGUGUGGACGCAUGAGACGGCGUCGCCGGUCGGUGCGUGGCGCGGCGGCGAGGUGCAGUGGGGCAACGGCCACUCGUACAUCCUGCGGUGGCACGAUGGUGCGCCGGACUCCGGGCGUAUCUCGAGGAAGAUCGUCCGUCCGCGCCCGCCGCCUGCCCCGGUGCCAGGCGACCUGGACGCCGGGGACAUGGUGGAGGUGUUCGACGAAGACGACUACCUCUGGAAGUGCGCCGAGGUCGUGCGCGCUGGUGGCGACGGCGGCGGUGAGUUCCGCGUCAAGAUUGUCGGCUCGGCCAAGGUCCUGAUGGUGCCUCCGCACAGGCUCCGCGUCCGUCAGGUGCUCAGGGACGACGACGUCUGGGUCGUUCUCCACAAGGACAACCAGAUCGCCGUGGCGAGCUCGAUGCCGUUGCGCGCCAAUGGUGGAAGAAUUGGCAUCGGCGAAGGCAACGGCGGCCUGAAGCCCGUCGCGCCAGGCUUCAAACUGUUCAAUCAGAAGAGGAGCCUCUGCAUGCUGGAUGCCAAGAUGAUCGGCAACGGCAUGAGGUUUGAGGAUAACAGCAAGAGGCUGUGUGUCAAGGAAGAGCCCAGAUUAGAAAUAGAGGUGAUCGAAGUACACCCAAACGUGUGCUUGGACAAGCAGGAUGAGAUGAGCAGUGAAGAUUGUGACGUGGUUGGAACAGGCAGUAACAGUAAUGAUGAACACCACCACCACCACCAGCAGCACAAGGAGGAGGAGGAGGACAGCGACGACGACAGUGAGUCCGAUUCAUCCUCGGGUGGCAGCAGCAGUAGCAGCGACAGCAGAACCAGGAGCGGCGACGCCGGCGAUCGCCCGGCGUCUCCCGCAAGCAGGCCCCGUGACGUUCAGAAGGUCGAUCAGCCGCGAGACCGCAAGAGAGACCACUGUGACGACACAGCUGAAUCUCGUGAGAUUGUGGGAGCGAACCAGAACGAUGAGAAGUGGACGGUGGUGGCACCGCAAGGACAAAUCCAUCGUCUGGAGAUGGAGGCCUACACUGCUCUGACGAAGGCGUUCCAUGCGUCCGGCGUCGCGCUGAGCUGGGAGAAGGCUGAGCUGCUCACUGACCUUCGCGUGCAUCUCCACAUCUCCAACGAUGAGCACCUGCAGGUGAUCAACGAGGUCUUGAACCGCAAGGGGAGAUUCAGACGACCUGGCAACUUUUGAGUAUUGAAGGAUCACCAUGCAUCUUCACUCGCAUCUUGUAUGUCUGUUUCUGUAGUUAUAGGUAUCUUGCUUGAGAGAUUGAUCAGGGCCUUGAAUUUAUAGCUUCCAGUUUUUAAAUGAAGGAACUAAAAUUGAUUCAGUUGUUCUGUUGGAAUUUCAAAUGUUCUAUUGAAAGUAAGUAGCUUUGGGGCACUAUUUUUUGACGUGCCUUUGCAA